AUGAGGCUGCUCUGCUGGAGCUUUCUGCUGCUCAUCCAAUGGAUCCUGAGAAAGGUUGACGGUCUGGAGAAGCAAGUGGGUCGGUCUCUAGAUUAUGUGGAUCCGGGAUCGUCCGGCAGCGUUUUCAAGAGCGUCCCGUACGGCGGACUGAAGCCCCCCACACACACCUCCCGAAUAUUCCCCCCUGCUGACCACAAGCCCAAACCACCACCACCCGGCUUCAGCUUCCACAACCCAUACGAGUGGGCACGCAACCAGACGCACCUGCUGGACCAGAGCGGCUACCGGCCCAAACGCAAGCCCACCCUCAAGACCUCCAUGAAGACCAAGAAGAUUUUCGGCUGGGGUGACUUCUACUUCAACGUCAAGACGCUCAAAUUCAGCCUCCUGGUGACCGGGAAGAUCGUGGACCACAUCAACGGGACGUUCACCGUUUACUUCCGACACAACUCGUCCAGUCUGGGGAACGUUUCGGUCAGCAUCGUCCCGCCCACCAAAAUCGUAGAGUUCGAAAUCCAAAACCCCAUGCAUCCUGAGAUCCAGUUCCACCCGCCGCAACAAUCCACCAUCGACCCCAAAGACAUCAAGACGUUUAACUGCCGUGUGGAGUACGAGAAGACGGACCGCUCCAAAAAGCCCAAACCCUGCCUGUACGACCCGUCGCAGACCUGCUUCACGGAGAACACACAGUCACACUCGUCCUGGCUCUGCGCAAAACCCUUUAAGGUCAUCUGCAUCUUCAUCUCCUUCUUCAGCAUCGAUUAUAAGCUGGUGCAGAAGGUCUGUCCGGACUACAACUUUCAGAGCGAACACCCGUACUUCGGCUGA